UGUAUUGUCAUCUUUGUUUAUUUCAGAAUCUUCCCUGAUGAGUCCUGUCUUUGCCAGUUCGUGGUGGUUGGUUCAGACCAUGAGUCAGUUGAUGAUAAAAUAAUUUUGAGCGAGGAUGGAAGCCCUCCACAAAAGCGUCAAAUAUCUGAUGACGAAGCAAAGAAUUUACAUUUGUAAUUGAUUCUUCAAUUCAAUGGAUUUUUCACAGCUGUUUUUUACAGCUAAUAGAGAGCAUACUGAAGAAAAAGCCUGGUGGAGAGGUUAUCAUCAAGGGUACUCCAAAACUAAAAGCCUGACUGACUGCACCAGACGAAAAAUGGUCAACAUUCUUGUUUCGGCGAUGACAGUGACUCAUGGGACAUCACCACGGCGCAGUGUGAGAGAAACGUUGCACAGAGGCAUCGUCUCCUUGUUCCCAUACCUGAAGGAUCCCUACACCGCAAAUGGAUAUGAACAUUAUUACGACCCUAAUAGUGGAGAAGGGUAGCUCUCGUAUAGAAUCAAAACCAUUCAGAGGAAUUUGGCUUCAUCAGAGAAACAGCCGACUCAACUAUACUCUGGAGGGCCAACUGCUGAGAGGGAGUCCAGUCCAUCCACUUUGGCUACCCUGAGUUAAGACCAGUGCCGAGAGGCCAUUUCUCUUAUGAAUAUUCUUCUAAUGAAGAAACAGUCAAAAAGAAGAUGAAAUUGACCUUURAGUACAGGAAGAAGUUGACCCACGACCUGAGGAAAUGCUCCACCAUCCUAACUGAAUUUCCACGCUUUCUUGAUGUGAAGGGCUUGAUUGAACAGGAUUUUGUGCUGCUGUUUGGAGAGGGGGCCAACUACAUUCAAGCAAAAGAUCAUCAUGCUAAGCAAGACCCUAAGCAAGGCGACUCAGGGACCUGAACUUCAGGAGCUGAUCCAGAUGGCAAAAUGUGCAGUUGAUGAGGGAGCUGACACRAAUGCUGAUGAUGGGACAGUGACCUAUCCUCCAUCCUUCUCCUGCUCCAUUUGACUCCUCCUUCAUCACAAGGCCGCAAAAGACCAGGCAAGAUGUCUGCAUCCCAAGCUGAACAGCAUCUUGUGAUAUUCCAAAGGUUUGUAUUGGCAUUCUUAUUCAUGGACAGUGCUGCAGCCGUUAUGAUGAACUAAUGAUGGUGUUAGUUUUCGUCGUCUUGAGGCAGGAACCAGUAUCCAGUAGCACCUUGAUGCGAUUGACCAGAGCCAMCAAMCAUAUCUUCUUGCAGUCGGGACCAGGAAGAGCAGCAUCCAUGCUUACUUCAUCAUCCUGGACAAGCGAGCCUUACUUCAUCAUCCUGGACAAGCGAGCCUUGCUGUGCAAGUCAAUGAGAGCUCUUGGUGCCUUCGAUGAGCUUUUCAAGACUCACUUUGUUUUUGGUACUGCUUACAAUACAAUGCUGCGCAACAUGUACACCUUCAUACAAACAACUGUGUACAACAUAGACAUUGGGAAGGUUAAGGAGACUCCAAGGRUUGCUGAGCUCAGAGCUUUUUUAAAUGGUGUUAACUUUGAUUUGGAAGAUGGACUAUAUAUGAAGAGACAUCCUCUCUUUUCUAAAKAGAAAAAUGCRUUGCAAAUUCAACUCUUUUAUGAUGACUUUGAGACCGCUAAUCCAUUGGGAUCAAAAAAGGAUAUUCACAAGUUGGGMGGUAUAUACUUUACUUUGAGAAAUUUUACCCCAAAGUUUAAUUCAAUUUUGGUAAGUAUUAACUUAUGUGCACUCUUCCAUACCCAGGACCUUAAAMCCUAUGGAUUUGAUUCCAUUCUYGAGCCAAUAGUAAGUGAUUUGAAAGUGCUUGAKWCUGAGGGUAUUGAAGUUCCCUUCUUCAGUGGUCGUAUACAUGGCAGUAUUGUCCAAGUAACUGGAGAUAAUCUUGGUAUACAUUGCCUGUUUGGUUUUGUGGAAUCAUUUAGUGCUCGUUAUUGUUGCCGUUAUUGCCACACUGGGAAAUGCACUCAGACCAUUGUCAAACUAUUCAGUCAAASUCAACACUACCUCAUGUGUACGGUGUGAAGCAUGCCUGCUUAUUGAACUCUCUGCAGUACUUCAAUACUACAGACACUUUUUCUGUUGAUAUAAUGCAUGACAUUUUAGAAGGAGUUGCACAACUUGAGGUAAAACGUGUGUUACAGUAUAUACAAGCCAACUUWGUGACUGCUAAAGAUGUGUACGGUWGAGUUCAUUCAUUUAAYUAUGGCUACACAGAGAGGAGGAAUCAUCCACCUGCACUCAAAUUGGAUGAUGGGAGCAAUGAUUUGUGUCUAAAUGCUAUUCAGUCUUGGUGUCUUCUCUGUAAUUUGACAUUGAUAUUUGGUGAUCUGGUACAGAAAGAUGAUAAAUACUGGCAGCUGCUUUUGUUACUACUACAAAUUGUAAAUAUUGUGUUUUCUCCUAUACUAACAGAGGGCAUGACUAUCUAUCUGACGCACUUAAUUGCUGAACAUCAUAGGCUUUUCAUGUAUUUAUUUCCUGAUAGAAAUAUGUUACCGAAACACCACUUCAUGAUACAUUAUCCUCGUUGUAUAAGGAAUAUUGGGCCAAUUCUUCAUUCGUGGUGUAUGCGCUACGAGGCAAAACAUAAUUUCUUUAAAAAGCAACUGAAGAGUUUUAAGAAUGUCACUAUGACCUUAACCAAGAAACACCAAAAUGACAUGCCAUAUAAUUGGGAAAUGUUCAGCCAGGAUAGACUAGCUAUAGGUCCAGGAAAGAUGUCAAGGCUCAAUGAGCUGAAAGAARGCCAUGAGAUUGCUGCCAAGCUGAAUGUCUCAGUGCACACAAGUGUUUUGUCAGUUAAAUGGGUAAWGCACCAUGGUACAGAAUAUCAUCUUGAUUUGGUCAUAUGUGGUGAAGUAGUCAUUGAAAUGCCAGUAUUUUACAUAAUUAAGGCUAUUGUUCUGAAAGAGGAAAAUGUUUUUUGGGUUGGGUCAGCUCAUUAAAACCUUAUGUUUUGAUGAUCAUUUGCAUGCAUUUAAAGUUGUUUUGAAGCAAGUCCCAC